AUGUCUUCUUCAACCUUUGACUUCCCUGUCAUGAAGGACACCCGUCCUGAUGAUCGCACUCUCCCCGCCUUCAUGGUAUCCACCACACGAGGCUUCCUUCCUCGUCAAGAACCCAUCGUUGAACUACCAAAGGAGUUCGCUGCUCUUGAGUCUAUCUUGCAACGCAUGCCCAUCAAGACACUGUCAGGGGAGCCAGGUCUACUUGCCAACUUCACCUUCGGCGACACCGUACUCAAGGAGCUUCCUGACCUUACCUCAGAGGUAGAGAAGUAUCGCGAUGACCUGGUUGUCAUGAACGCCCUGUAUCGUGACUACUCUUUCUUGGCUUCUGCAUAUCUCUUCGAGCCUUGCCAUGAGAGACAUGUAAGGGGAGAAGAGUACGGUCUGGGUCGACAGUCGCUACCGAGAUGCAUCGCGCUACCCAUCGUCAAGGUUGCUGAGAUUGCUGGUUUCAAGCCGUUCAUGGAGUAUGCUGGGUCGUAUGCGCUCUUCAACUACCGCCUGGAAGAUCCAUCACGGGGCCUCGAGUACGACAACCUUCGCCUGAUCCGCGCUUUCGAGCAUGGCUUAGAUCCCACUUCGUCCGAGGCAGGCUUCGUUCUCGUCCACAUCGCUAUGGUCAAGGAGUCUGGUGCGCUUGUCACAGGUGCUUCAGAGAUGCUAGAAAGCUGUUUGGCCAAGGACCGAGAGCGAUUCAAUGACGGCCUUCGUACUCUGGUGGGUGGUCUCAGGAACGUCAACGCCGUGAUGAACACCAUGUGGAACCGUAGCAAGCCGCAAGGCUACACCAACUUUCGUACGUUCAUCUUCGGCAUCACCUCACAAUCCAUGUUUCCCAACGGUGUCAUAUACGAGGGCGUGAGCGAAGAGCCAAUGUCUUUCCGCGGCGAGUCGGGUGCCAACGACAGCAUGAUUCCCAUGUGCGACAACUUGCUUCAGGUCCAGAUGCCGGAGACACCCCUCACAGACAUUCUGAAAGACUUCCGCCAGUACCGCCCUGGCAACCACCGCGAGUUCCUGGAGGCUGUUCGUGAUUGCGCUCAGCAGUCGGGCGUGCGCGAGUUCGCGAAAGGCGACUCCGUGUCAGCCGCGCUCUAUCUCCAAGCUCUUGAUCAAGUUCGCGACUUCCGCUGGCGGCAUUGGUGCUUCACUCGCGAGUACAUCCUCAAGCACACUUCGCACCCGACUGCAACAGGUGGCAGCCCGAUCGUGACUUGGCUACCCAACCAGCUCACAGCAGUACUCAUGCAAAUGGCGGAGACCUUUGAGUACUGCAAGACGAUCAAUGGUGUCAGCGAUAUCAUGGACACAGUCAACCACCAGCGCGAGUCGCUAAGGAAAGAGGUGGAGAAGUACUGCGGGGAACGAGGUGUUGCAGCAUCAUGA